GGGGCGAUGUCACGACUGGGAGGGGCAGAGCUCCCCCACCUGUGCCCGAGGCCCCUCGGGUGUGGGGGAAGCGCUGGUGACGUCAGCAGAGGUCCUGGGGCUCCAGAGCGUUGGCAACAGGCUGGUCGCGUGACCCAGGCCCGCCAAUGGCCCGGCGGUCUCCAGGGCGACGCGGAGGGUCCGCGCCUCGCAGCUGCGCCCCCGCCCGGGGUCCGCACUGCAGAGAGCUCGAGGAGCAGGCGCCGCGGCCCACGUGCUGCGCCCUGUGGGCGACGGGGAGCGGGCAGGAGGGACAGCUGCCCGCUCCCGCCGUCCCCUAACCAUCUGAGCCCCUCAGGGGCUACUGCCCAGAGCUGCACCUGGACGUCUCGCGCAGAAGGCAGUGCGGGGCUGGGAGUCACCCAGACCCGCGCCGGCCACACCCCUUUCGAUGGGCCUCUAGCGUUGGCGACAUGCCGGUGACCCUGCUGCAGGACUGGAGCAGGGGCGAGCACCUGGACAGCCAGAGGUGCCUGCUAGUCCUGGGCGUUCCUGAGGACUGCGAUGAGGAGGAACUGGAUGACACCCUGCAGGUGGCUCUCGGGCCCCUGGGCAGGUACCGAGUGGUUGGCAGGAUGUUCAGGAGGGAGGAGAACGCCCAGGCCUUCCUCCUGGAAUUGGCGCAGGAUCUGGACCUCGCCCUGGUGCCCCGGGAGAUAUUCGGGAAGGGGGGACCCUGGGAAGUGGUCAUCAGCCCUCGCAACUCCGAUGGCGAGUUUCUCAACCGCCUGAACCGCUUCCUGGAGGAGGAGAGGCGCACGGUGUCAGACAUGAACAGAGUGCUGGGCACGGACACCCACUGCCUGGUGCCCAGGGUGACCAUCUCCCCCGACUUCUGGGCCUGGGCGCAGACCCUGGGUGCGGCGGUGCAGCCGCUGCUGGAGCAGGUGCUGUACCGUGAGCUCAGGGUCUUCUCCGGAAACACCAUGUCCAUCCCGGGCAUGCUGGCCUUCGAGGCCUGGCUGGAGCACACCACCGAGGUGCUCCGAAUGUGGCAGGUGCCCGACUGGGAGAAGCGGCGGCGGCUGAUGGAGUGCCUGCGAGGCCCGGCGCUGCAGGUGGUGAGCGGGCUGCGGGCGCACAACUCUGCCAUCACGGUGGAUGAGUGCCUGGCUGCCCUUCAGCAGGUGUUUGGGCGGGUGGAGAGCCGUAAGAUUGCACACGUCAAGUUCUGCCAAGCCUACCAGGAGGCUGGCGAGAGGGUCUCCAGCUUCGUGGUCCGCCUGGAGCCCUUGCUCCAGAGAGCCGUGGAGAAGAACGCUGUGUCACGCCGCAACGUGAACCAGGCCCGGCUGAAGCAGGUGCUGAAUGCUGCCGUGCUGCCCGACAAGCUGCGGGAGCGCCUCAAGCUCCUGAGGCAGAGGCGGCGGCCACCAGGCUUUCUGGCUCUGGUGAAGCUCCUUCGAGAGGAGGAGGAGUGGGAGGACACUUUCGGGCCCCAGGGGGAGGGCCUAACUGGUCUGACGGUGGGCCUGAGGCCUCCAGGCAUGGCCAACAGUCUGUGGGGCCUGUGUGGCUCUGGUGGCAUCCAUUCUCGGCGCCGCAGGGGCAGGGCAGGCUCCCGGGGUGCAGGAAAACGGAAGCGCCACACGUUUUGCUACAACUGUGGAGAGGAAGGUCACAUGAGGGCUGAAUGCAAAAACCCCCCAAAUGAGCCCCUGGUGCAGCAGAAGCGAGAGGAUGCCAUGGUGUUGGGAAACUAGAGCUGGGCUUGGGGCGAGAGCCACCCCAAGUCCAGGGCCAAGAAGGCUCCAGAGAGCAGGCCAGCAGUUUCUGCAGUGGGCAGGGGCCAGGCAGCACAGAGGGUGCAGAGGAGCAGGGAAGGUCACAGGGAGCGGGGCACAGCAGCAGGACACAGGGCCAGACCAGCUGGGCGGAGGCCGAGCCCUCGAGUUCCUUGCCCGUAGGAAUGGAGUUCGGUAGGGAAGCCUUCCCAGGUGCAGGGAGGGUCCAGUUCAGGGCCUCCCGGAGGUAUCUGAGACGCCAUCAGCGGGGGCUCACUACACCCAGAGCUUGGGGCCCCUGGGCCUCCAGCAGGGUCCCCGGCAUGGCACAGGUUGACGAGGGUGCAGCUGGGGUCAGUGGUCAGCGCUAUGUCCCUGCGUUCUGGCCACCCCCAGACUUUCAGCCCGAGAGUAGUGAGCUAAUGAUGCUGCUCAGCACCCAGGCCUCGAGGGACCCUGAGAUACUUUCCCCAGAGGACCUCCUACCUGAAGGCAGCAGCAUGGAGUUUGUGCCCCAGAGAGGUGUAGUUGGGUCCAGUCCAUCUUCAGAAUCUUCUACAUGGCUCUAGGGGAAUCCCUAGGAAGACAGGGUGGGGGGGCGCAGGAGACCCAGAGUCCCUGGGACCAGCCCAGCCCAUCCCCAGCUAGCCAGAAGGCUCGGGGAGAGGAAGGGACCCCAGGCCAGAGCCUGUGCAGAGCUUGCACAGAGCCUGGAAAGUGGGGCCUCUACUGGCUUUGGAGUGAGUGUUGUUCUAGGCAGUUUUCUGAUCCAAAGCAGCAGGAGGAAGAGGAGGAAGAGGUGAAGAAGAUAGUGGGGGAGGAAGAGAGGAGGGGUGGGGGGGUGCUGUCUGCUCUUCUUGUUCCCUCAGAGUUGCCCAUGACCUGAAGCGCAUCCAGGAGGCCAGAACUGGCCCCAUGGACCACUGCUCUGCCUGCUCGUCCUUAUCUCUGGACAACAGUACCAGCCGCCGGGACUCCCGGCCUGGAACCCCCAAUCAUCACCCCCUGGGCAGGCGCUUCCUGUCCCAGCAAGCCCAACUGUGUCCCUGCAGGCUGUGAAGUGACCCCCCUGUGAUGUGACCACCCCACCCCAUCCCCAUCUGCCAUGAUCCCUGUAUAGAGUUGUGACAAGUGUUGGCACCCAGGGUGGGUGUCUGACCUACUGGGUGCCCCCCUUUGUGCCCUGGCAUGAGCUGUGAACCCCGGGGGCAACCAGGGUGCCCCUCAUGCUGCUUGCUGCUCUGAGCCACCUCUGCUCACCUGUGUAGCUCGAGGCCACCUGCUGCUUGUUGUGCUGUAUGUCCCUUUCUAUCAGUUCCCCCUCCCCAGCCCAGACACUGGAAGUACAGAGGACAGGUGGGAUGCUGAGGGUGGCUGGCUCUGGGCGGCCGGCUCUGAAGGAAGAUCUGCACCGGGAAGGAGGGAGGGCACUGGGAGGGGGACCCUGGGGAUGGCGCUCUGCUGUGCUGACUUGUUGUUACUUGUGACUCAGUUUCCUUGCCGUGGACGAGUGUUCUCUGCAGUCCCCCAGCAACUUGUGACUGUCCUGUGCAGGCCAUAGGGCAGGGCCACGUCCCCAGAUGUGAACACACAGGGCAGUGUCCUUCCCGGGCCCUCGGGAGGGGGGAGUCAUGGGCACCAGGCGGGGGCAGAGCAGCGAGGCAGCCUGCUAGGCUAGAAGGGCUCUGACCCCCCCCCCCAGCACCAGUGGCCCCUAGAAGUCCCUGUGCUGUUCUUCCCUUGGCUUCAGUGGUUGCAGUAACCGUUUCUCCUCAAUAAAUGUCACUGACUGUU